AUGACAGAAACUACACACAAGCGUCUGAAGCUACCAGUGAGUGACGUAACGUGCCUAGGUGCGGACAAUUCCGGCCCUGGCGGUGCUCCACGCACGGACCUGCGUCUUCAGCUGGGCCUGCUGCGCGCAGCUGGCGCCUGGGCGCCGCAUCGCGGGCCGUCCACGUCUGCGUCGUCGCUGCUGUACGACGCCUACUCGGCCGGUGUCAUCCUGCUGCUGCUGGCGUUCGUGGGCAGCCAGGUGUCCGCCAUGCUGCACUUCUGGGGGGAUAUUCUCAGCGUCACCACCAACGCCUGCGUCACCUUCACCUACACCAUGGCCAUCUUCAAGCUCCUUGUCGUCCUCACGAUGCGACGGUCUGCGGAACACCUCAUCAACGAGCUGAACAGAUGCAUGCAGGAGUACGGCCGGGAGCUGGCCGGCGAGAAGGCGUCGGUGUUCGCGCGCUGCGGCCGGCGGGCGCGCCGCGUCGUGGUGGGCCACGUGGCCAUCGGCGCCGUGGCGUACGUGUGCGGCGUCGCGCUGCCCGCCGUGCGCGGCCGCGUCUGCCCCGCCGCCAGCUGCAGGGCCAGGGACGGCUUCCCCGUGCUCGUCUGGUACCCCUUCCCCUUCACCGUGUCGCCCGCGUACGAGGCUCUGGACGGCUCACCCCCCGUACCGGCUUCAAAACACAGACAGCGCGUGCGAUCCGCCCAGCAGCGGCUCAAUCACACCAUCUGGCGCUACAAGCUUCGAGCUGCGGGAAGUGACAAACGCCAGGCGGUGGAUGGAUAUUCAAAGAGGGGCCCCGCCAUGGCUCAUGGGCUGAUGUUCGCCGGGGUGUCUCUGGGCUUCUUCUACGGCUACAUCCUGUCCACGACGCUGGACGGCUUCUUCGUGACGCUCAUCAUCUACCUGUCUGGCCAAUUGCGGCUGCUCAACCUGAUGGCAGAGAGCAUGUGCUCUGUGCAGCCUGCACACAGCCGCAGGGACGUGGCCGCUCCAGCAGAUACCUCAGAGGAGUGCGUGCGACGCAGGCUGGCGCAGUGCGUGCGCUACCACACCGACGUCGACAGAUGCGUACAGCAGCUGAGCACGUUGCUGGGACCCAUCCUGCUGGGACAGGUGCUGGCUGAUGUGGUCACCAUCAGCGCCACCGCAUUCGUCACCACCACUGGUAAGACAGACUCUGGCUGGGUCUUCAAGUACGGCUCAUACCUGGCAGCCAUAGCAGAGCAGCUACUGCUCUACUGCUGGUUUGGGAACGAUGUCCUGACAGAGAGCGAGCGCCUGCAGCUGUCGGCCUACAGCAGCCAGUGGGUGGGGGCCUCGCCUCGCUGCCGCAAGGAGCUGCGCCUCUUCCUGUGCCGCGCCCACAGCCCGCUGCGACUGACGGCCAGCAAGUUCUACACCAUCUCCAGGGAGACCUUCCUACUGCUGAUGAAUGCCUCUUUCUCCUAUUAUGCAGUGCUGAGGCAACUGAACUCCGAUUGA